GCCGCGCACGAGGCAAAACGAGUAUCUCGCUCGCACUCACAGCUCGGUACGAGCACAGCCGAGCCUAUAUAAAGCCGAGCCCUCGCUGCCAGCUGAAUCAUUCAAAGCUUCGAAUCCGUUGAGUGCGCACACAGAUCGCCCCAAGCCAAACCGAGUCGAACGCUAUUUUCUGUGGAUUACGCGAGUUUUCAUUCAUUCAUUCAUUCAAAGCCAUUCGAAAGCAAAGACAGUGUUCCACCAUGGUGCUGGAGAUGGAAAUGUCGAAGACGUAUCAGUACCGCAAGGUGAUGAAGCCCAUGCUGGAGCGGAAGCGUCGGGCGCGCAUCAACAAGUGCCUGGACGAGCUGAAAGACAUUAUGGUGGAGUGCCUCACCCAGGAGGGGGAGCACAUUACGCGCCUGGAGAAGGCCGACAUCCUGGAGCUGACCGUCGAGCACAUGAAGAAGCUGCGGGCCCAGAAACAGUUGCGCCUGAGCAGCAGCAGCAGCAGCAGCGGCAGUGUGUCGCCCAGUGGCAACGCCGCCGACUCCAAGCUGAGCAUCGCAGAGAGCUUCCGUGCCGGCUACGUGCAUGCCGCCAACGAGGUGUCCAAGACUUUGGCUGCCGUUCCCGGCGUCACCGUCGAUCUUGGCACCCAGCUGAUGAGUCAUCUGGGCCACCGCCUCAACUAUCUGCAAGUGGUGGUGCCCACGCUGCCCAUUGGCAUGGGUGUGCCGCUCAAGACCCCAGUCUCGGGUGUGGAUGAUGCUGCUCUGGUCACGCCGCCUCCGUCGGAAUGUGGCAGCCUGGAGAGCGGCACCUGCAGCCCGGCACCCAGUGAGGCCAGCUCCACCUCCGGUCCCAUGUGGCGUCCCUGGUGAGCGCUGCAGAGCUGCAUUCUGGAUACGCCUUCAAGUGGAAGGCCGUCACAACUCAACCCAACUGAGCGCCAGCUGACCCGGAGAGGUUAUUGGUAGUACUGCGCUGGAAUGGAACCGCGCAGCCAAUCAAUAUGUGCCCUUCCCCGCCGCUGCUCAGACGCCGCCGCUCGCCAGGAGAGCCCCGCAUUCGGGCUAUGGAUGGGCUAUGGCGUCGCCCAAAUUAUUAACUGAAUUUUAUUGAAAUUGAAAUCGAAAUAAAUAUGGAAAAUUGCA